GAGCCCUCCCUCCCGCUUCCUCCGACACCCCCACGCGGAUCGCUCCCCUCCUCUCCCUCACGCUGCCGCUGAGGAGGCUGCAUAUCGACGUGCUCGCACACACACACACGCACACACACAAACAGGCUUUCUGUUUCUGUCUCUCUCUCUCUCUCUCUCUCUCUCUCUCUCUCUGCGCAUUUCAGGGACAGAAGCCGGCUCCUCUCGUCCGCUUUCUGCAUGACUGUCACAAAGAUGUCAUGGCGCCCGACCUACCGAAGCUCCAAGUUUCGAAAUGUCUACGGCAAGGUAGCCAACCGGGAGCACUGCUUCGAAGGCGUGCCCAUCACAAAGAACGUCCAUGACAACCACUUCUGUGCUGUCAACAGCAAGUUCCUCGCCAUAGUGACGGAGAGCGCUGGAGGAGGCUCCUUCGUUGUUAUCCCAGUCACUCAGUCAGGCCGCAUCGACCCUCACCAUCCAAAGGUCUGUGGUCACCAAGGCAACGUGCUGGACAUCAAAUGGAACCCUUUUCAUGAAAACAUAAUAGCCUCCUGUUCUGAAGACUCUUCUGUGCGUAUAUGGGAGAUCCCAGACAGUGGCUUAAGAAGGAAUAUGACUGAAGCCGUGCUGGAGUUGUAUGGGCACAGCAGGAGAGUGGGGCUUAUAGAAUGGCAUCCCACUAGCAACGGCAUCCUGUUCAGCGCUGGAUAUGACUACAAGAUCUUGAUCUGGAACCUGGAGAUCGGCGAGCCAGUGAAGAUGAUCGACUGUCACACAGAUGUGAUUCUCUGCAUGUCCUUUAAUACUGAGGGAAGCCUGCUCACCACCAGCUGUAAGGACAAGAAGCUGCGUGUCAUCGAACCUCGCUCUGGAAAUGUGUUACAACGUGUUGUUUUCUCUGGGCAGGAGGCGAACUGUAAGAAUCACAAGGUGAACCGUGUGGUGUUCCUGGGUAACAUGAAGCGCCUCCUAACAACAGGGGUGUCCCGCUGGAACACACGGCAGAUUGCACUGUGGGACCAGGAGGAUCUGUCCAUACCACUCAUAGAGGAAGAAAUAGAUGGCCUGUCGGGGCUGCUCUUCCCGUUCUACGAUGCAGACACACAUAUGCUCUAUCUGGCAGGCAAGGGUGACGGCAACAUCCGCUACUAUGAGGUAACCACGGAGAAGCCUUACCUGCAGUAUCUCAUGGAGUUCAGAUCCCCUACACCCCAGAAAGGACUCGGUGUAAUGCCAAAACUGGGCUUGGAUGUGGGAGCGUGUGAAGUGUUUAGGUUCUAUAAGCUGGUGACCCUGAAGGGACUGAUUGAGCCCAUCUCCAUGAUCGUGCCAAGGAGGUCAGAGACGUACCAGGAGGACAUCUACCCCAUGACUCCAGGAACAGAGCCAGCUCUCUCCGCUGACGAGUGGCUCAGUGGUACUGACCGAGGUCCGGUACUCACGUCUCUGAAAGAGGGCUACAGCAGACCCAGCAAGCUGGUCUUCAAAGCCCCGGUGAAGGAGAAGAAGAGCGUGGUGGUUAACGGCAUCGAUCUACUGGAAAAUGUGCCUCCCCGCACCGAGAAUGAGCUCUUGCGGAUGUUCUUUAGGCAGCAGGACGAGCUGAGGCGGCUGAAAGACGAGCUGGCUCAGAAGGAUGUUCGAAUCCGACAGCUGGAGCUGGAGCUCAAUAACCUGCGAAACAGUCCCAGCAACAGCAACAGCAACAGCGCCGGCAGCCUGUGACCCGUAUCCCAGCUGACGCUUUUUGUUUUUUUGUGUUUUUUGCUUGUAAAGUAACUGGCACCGGAGGCCGGCACUGCUGAAGCUCCCCAGUAUCUGUCGCCGCGGUCCCACAAGGCCAAGUGUUUGUUCCCACUAGGACAGGUGACCCUCCCUGACCCCAACGGCCAAUGUCUUUGCUGCUGUGUCAGCGAGGGACUAACAUGGGCCAUUGAUCCGCUGCCCUCUCCCUCAAACCUCUGAGCACCUGUAGCCCGUGCUGACUGCCAUGCACUUGGUGCUAGGGGGUCCACCUAAGGCUCGUGCAUAUACCAGUACAUUUGCAGAGGGAAAGUAGUUGAAAGGGACAUGACAUUCUGUAAAAUACCUGCAAAGGGCUUGUGUUUCUCCUCCUGCUCUUUAUACAUUCUCUGUUAAUUGCAUUUUCUCAUUUUCACAAAUGCCUUCUGAAUCGUGCUCUCUUUCUCCUGUUUCUUCUUUCUUGUAAAGGUGUUGGUUUUCAGACCUACAUUAGAUUAGAAUGGCUUCUACACAUUAUUUAGUACAAGCCAUCGACUGUGUAACUGCCAGUUUUGGCAUUUCCUCAUUAAGAAUUCAUAACCCUAAUAAUUUAUUUUGUUACAUAGUUAUCCCCCAUUAGUCUUUCUGAAUAAUUAAUGCUCUCCUUUACAACCAUGGAUGUAGUGACAGAGAUCAAGAGCUAAUCAGCCAAAUAGACGUGUCAUCAUUUUUGCCAUAACAUUUUAAAGGCACAAUAAGUGUGUGUAUACAUAUGCGCACUCAGCGGCCUCUUUAUUAGAAACACUCUUAGAAACCACCUGCAGCUGUGGAAUUAUAUCCCGUAAUCUUCAAGUGCAAUUUGCAUAAGCCAUCCUCUAGCCCUUCACUAACAGUCAGCUUUACCACAGGACUGUUGUUGGAUAUUUGCUGUGCUUAAUACACCCCUCAGUGUUAACGCUGUGUUGUUCGUAACAAAGGUUUCUAAUAAAGUGGGUGGUCAGUGUUGCUAGUA